AUGAACAUAGACGAAAACGUCGCUUCUUUAACCCCAAAUUUCCCCGUUUCCCAACUCAAUUUCUCUCUUGAAAUCAAGGGAAAUAGAACUGAAAUCAUCAUUUCCAGUUACGAAGAUCAUGUUAUGGUUAUUGCCACUCAAAUAGGAGCUAUGGGGACAAUACUGCAUGCCAGGAAGGAAGAAGGGAUGUCAAUUAACCCAACAUUCAAUGUAUCUGUUUUAUUUGGCAAACGAGAUGAGCCAAUGUUAGUAGCUUGUGCACGCCAGCUGAUUGAGCAUAUGACUUUGUCUGGUGUUUCUAAGCCAUUGGUGCUCUCACUUGGCCUUAAAGACCAUUCUGCGGGAACAUUGAAAGGAAUUGUUUCUGCUGUGAUUGAGAAGAGGCUGUGGUAG